CCCGUUUUACGGGUCACCCGCCACGAAAAGUACUCCUAUCAAACGUAAUGGUAAAGGCCUUGAAGGUGCUCGUGCCCUCUCUCUCCUCCUCCGCCUUCAGGAGCUUCAAUUCACUCUGCUCCUCCGCUACCCUCCGCCACAUCGCCGCCGCCGCAGUCACCAGCAACAACAAGUCCGCCUUGAAUCAUCAUUCAGUCAUCGCCAGAGCUUCGUCUACGUACACACGGUCCAAGAUGGAAUCGGAGCAUUAUACGUUUGGACCGUACAAAAUCUCUUUCAAGGAAGUGUUCUACUCCACUGAUCUAUCGUACGCCAUGGUCAACCUCCGCCCUGUUUUGCCUGGUCAUGUGCUUGUCUGCCCAAGGCGUGAAGUGAAGCGCUUUGCUGAUCUCACUGCUGAGGAGACUAGUGAUCUAUGGCUUACUGCGCAGAAGAUUGGUAAACGACUGGAGCAACACCACAAAGCAUCGUCACUAACGUUUACUAUCCAAGAUGGUCCCCAGGCUGGACAAUCCGUCCCUCAUGUUCAUAUCCAUAUACUUCCUCGUAAAGGUGGAGACUUUCAGGAAAAUGAUGAGAUCUACGAUGCUAUUGAUGGUAAGGAGAAGGAACUAAAGCAGAAUCUUGACUUGGAUAAGGAAAGGAAAGACAGGAGCUUCGAGGAGAUGGCUGAAGAGGCAGAAGAAUAUAGAAGGCUUCUCUCAUAGAUAUCUUAGUGUUGAUUGGCGAUGCGAAAUGUAAUUGACCGAUGCAUGUUGGCUAACACUAUUGUUUAAAUGAUUAUAAUGAUCCGAUCAGAUGCAAUAUAUGCAUCGCCGGAACAUGACCUGCAUCCGGGCGUUAUUAUUAAUUGAAAAUUUCUAUUUUCUUUUCUUAAAAA